AUGGCGUUGGAGGGUGUAAAAAGUGAAAAAAGUGAGGAAAGUAAUGCGAAUGUGCAAGAUGGGAAGGCGAACGGUGUCGACAACAGGAGUAAACAGAGCAGUCAAUUAUCAACAUUGAUAGCAGAAACUUGUGACCCUUAUAGGGCUUGGGAAACCCACGGUGAAGUAGAUUAUAUUAAUGCUAAUAAUGGAAGCCUUUAUUUACAUGGACAAAGGUCCUCUAAUCGGCUCCACUCCGCUUUGGUUCUGCCAACCCGGGUCAACGUUCAACCCGCUACUGAUGUAACCAUCUUCUUGAUGGCCUAG